AGGGAGUGUAUGGGGACUGUUGUGGAAAGAGCGCUCCUAUAGAAAUUGUGACAGUCGCACAGAGACAGGACGCUUUAUUUGACAUUUCUCUCUCCAUCUCUAAUUCUCCAAUCUCUGUCGGAGGAAGAAAAAACAUUUAAAAGAACUGUUGGAGAAGUGUCAGGUCAGUCAGCAGGAUGCACCGGCACAGUGGAGGCCAUGGAGGAGGAGGUCCUCAGGAAGUGGAGCUAACAGACGAAGAAAAGGAGAUCAUCAACAGUGUUCUGGCUCGGGCUGAGACCAUGGAGGCCAUGGAGCAGGAGAGGAUCGGGCGUUUUGCCACUAGGUUGGACAGUAUGAAGAAGACAGCAUGUGGAGAUGGUCACUCUCGCUGUCUGCUGUGUGGAGAGACGUUUGGCCAGCAGGGAGUCAACUCCGUACUCUGUUCCCACUGCAAGAAGCAUAUGUGCAGUAAGUGUGGGAUUCAGAACAACAGCCGGUCGUCAUGUCCUGUGUGGGUCUGUAGAAUCUGCAGCGAGCACAAAGAGAUGUUGAAGCGUUCUGGAGCGUGGUUCUUUAAGGGCCAACCCCAGAAGGUCCUCCCUGCUCCCCUGCCCAUCUCCAGGCCCAGAGGGACAGGUAGAGAGAGCCCCCGUACCCUGAACCCCACCCAUCACCAGCCCAGUACCCAGCCCUAUGCCCGUACCCAGACCCAGCCCAUCUACCACCCAGACGCUGGUGCCCAGGACUGCACAGAGCAGCAGGAGCAGCAGGGUGACUGCUGCUACAACACAGAGAACCAAGAGCCCACCGAUGAGCCCCCGUACUCCAGCUCAGAGCAACAGGACCCAGAGGGGUAUAGCUCUGCUCAGACACUAGGGGGCGUUGCUGUGCAGGAAGAGAUGGUGAAGAACCAGUCUAAGUUAGGUUCCAGACCUCCCACAGCCAGGGGGAGAGAGAACACGCCAGCUCCAGCUGACUCAGUCACACCACAGGCCCCUGCGCCCGAGGAGAACAGACACCCUCACCAGAGGGAGGAUAGAGCCCCAACUCCAGUAGGGGAGGAGAAACCCACUCCUGCCCCCAAACCCACCCUGGCAGCACGCCCAGCCCCCGCUCCUGUCGAGGACGAUGACAACGAAUAUGACUCUGAUGAAUCCACCACCCUGGGGUUACUGGAGUUCACUCUGCAUUAUGAACAGGAGAGCAACGCGCUGCACUGCAAUAUAGUCAAAGCCAAGGGCCUAAAGCCGAUGGACUCUAAUGGCCUAGCAGACCCUUACGUCAAGCUGCACCUCCUACCUGGUGCCAGUAAGUCUAACAAGCUGCGUACUAAGACACUGAAGGGCACUCUGAACCCAGUGUGGAAUGAGACUCUGGUGUACCACGGUAUCACUGACGACGACAUGCAGCGCAAAACACUACGGCUGUCAGUGAGUGAUAUGGACAAGUUUGGGCACAAUGAGUUCAUCGGAGAGACGCGUGUUGCUCUGAAGAAACUCAAAGCCAACCAGAAGAAGAACUACAGUGUGUGUCUAGAGAGGGUGGUCCAGGUGAAGAAGGCAGGAACAGGAGGCUCAGCCCGGGGCAUGGCACUCUACGAGGAGGAGGUAAAGGAGGAUGCAGAGGAGAGGGGUCGUAUCCUGGUCUCUCUAACCUACAGUACCCAGCAGGGUCGUCUGAUAGUGGGAGUGGUGCGAUGUGCUCACCUGGCAGCUAUGGACUCUAAUGGAUACUCAGACCCCUUCGUCAAGAUCUUCCUGAAACCAGACAUGGGGAAGAAAGCCAAGAACAAGACUCAGAUAAAAAAGAAGACGCUGAACCCAGAGUUCAACGAGGAGUUCAGCUAUGAGAUCAAACAUGGUGAGCUGGCCAAGAAGAGCCUGGACAUCUCAGUCUGGGACUAUGACAUGGGAACAUCCAAUGAUUUCAUUGGAGGGUGUCAGCUGGGCAUCACAGCCAAGGGGGAAUGUCUGAAGCACUGGUACGAAUGUCUGAAGAACAAAGACAAGAAGAUCGAGCGCUGGCACGUCCUCCUAGAUGACAACACCGUUAAAGACACGGACGACUAAGACGCGACCUCUUCUCCUCCUCUCUAGAUUCAUCCACCCCAGGCUGUUUCUAUCUUCCUCUCAAAUAUAUUAUGUUGUCUUCCAUUCUUGGUCUUCCUACUUUUAGUAAUGUGAACCUGAAUUAAUAGCAAAUUAAGGGCCUCUGUUUUUACAACUUCUUUCUUCGUGUGCUGACAGAAUGCUUAUUGUAUGCAUGUACUCAUCAACACAGUGUUUACAGUGAAACAAAAAGAACUGCAACACAUUAUAUAGAUUACAUUAUGCAGAUGACAUAGUCUCAUCGUCACCCUGGAUUGUGCUGUACAGAGUUAUGGCAUGGUCAUAAUCUGUGUUCUAUACUUCUAUACUGUGCUCUUAUGACAUGGUCAUAAUCUGUGUUCUAUACUUCUAUACUGUGCUCUUAUGACAUGGUCAUAAUCUGUGUUCUAUACUUCUAUACUGUGCUCUCAUGACAUGGUCAUAAUCUGUAUUCUAUACUUCUAUACUUUGCUCUAAGGACAUGGUCAUACUCUGUAUUAUAUACUUCUAUACUGUGCUCUUAUGACAUGGUCAUAAUCUGUGUUCUAUGCUUCUAUACUGUGCUCUUAUGACAUGGUCAUAAUCUGUAUUCUAUACUUCUAUACCGUAACUGCAGGAUACUAGGGUUUGCUCUGACAUAGCAUAAUCUUCAAGUGGUACUGUAUGUACAAACAGUUUGUUAAAAGGAGGAUAUGAUGGAUGUUACGGAACAUAUAUUGAUGUUAUUUAUGUAUGAAGAUGUUUACAUAGUUAGUAUUAGUAUUAGCUGUUUAUGUUGAUAACAUGUCAUGUUAUUGAAGCAUUAGCUCACCUAAGAACCAUGGGAUAUCAUAGAAACCUGGAAUGCACUGAUUUAGAUAUUGCUCUCUAUUUCUUUCUUUCUCUAUCUAUCUCUGUCUGUCUCUCUAGCUCUGUCUGUCUCUCUGUCUGUCUCUCUCUCUCUCUCUCUGUAUGUCUCUGUCUGUCUCUCUAUCUCUGUCUGUCUAUAUAUCACUGUCUGUCUAUCUCUGUCUGUCUCUCUAUCACUGUCUGUCUCUCUAUCUCUGUCUGUCUCUCUAUCGCUGUCUGUCUCUCUCUCUCUCUCUCUCUCUCGCUCUCUCUCUCUCGGAGAACAAAGAAAUUACUCCAAGCCUGAUGAAAUACUAAACAAUUCUGUCGACAUGGUCAUAUUGCAGUGCACUGCAUUUUACUGUGACAGACAGAUAAAAAAUGCGCGCAAAAUACAUGCUGAACAUGAGCCCUGUCUUGAUCAUGUGACGUAUACAUUGAUCUGUAGUAGGUUUGAUUGCUAGACAUUCUCAAAUGUGAAAUAAUCUCUGAUAGCGUAUGUUAAACGGUAAUGCAAUAUAAAGUAAAAUAAAAUAU